GUUCUUGAACCGAGCGCACAGAUCGCCGAUCGAAGUAGCUGUUAGUGAGCUGGCGGCAAUCAACAACAACAACAAAACGCAAGAACGCAGAAGGAAGUUCGUCCGGCUACUGCCACUGCCAUUCAAGAUGGCUAAGAACUCGACUUUGCCAGACUCUAGGGCGGAACUCGCAGAACUCGUCAAGCGGAAAGCGGAGAUCGCGGAAACGCUGGCAAAUCUUGAACGGCAAAUUUAUGCAUUUGAGGGAAGUUAUCUCGAAGAUACGCAGUUGUACGGGAACAUUAUCCGGGGAUGGGACCGGUAUCUUGGAGGAGGUAGCGGGACUCAGCGGCCGACGAAUUCAAAAGCGGACAAACGAAACAGGAAGUUUAAGGAUGCUGAGCGACUUUUCUCAAAGUCGUCCAUUACUUCAAGCGCGGCGGUCUCAGGCUUGGUGGACGGAGGGGGCGAUACAGCAGAUGAUCUUGAUCCCGCAGGGGCUACACAUAGCGAGGGAGAAGAAAACGGCGGUAGUGGAGAUCGUAGCGGUGCUAUCGGUGGUGGUGCUGGAGGGGGAGGGGGCGGAAAUGCUUCAUCUGCUUCGUCGUUUACUUCGUCAUCAUCAAACUGUUCAACAACAGCCGGUCUUAACGGAGGCCAUUCACCUCCACACCCUCCAGCCUCGCUCGGCGGAGGAGGAGGAAGCCAUAAAUCUCAUAAUGCGCAUGGCGGACCUCCAGUUAAGAAACAAAAAACUGCUCAAAAAAAGCUCAAAAGCAGCGGCAUAGUAUCUAGUGGUAGUAGCAGCGGUCGCACGAAUAAUAACUCUGGUGCAGGAAACGUCAGAAGUAGAAGCGGAAGCUCGAAAGGCCAGCGGCGAUGACUGAGACGAUCUCCUAAUUAUAACUAAUAUCGAUGUGAUACAAUAAACUAUGAUAAUGACUAUAGAUAUAUAUAAUAUAGCUCUACCGCUAUUAUCGCCAGCACAAUUAAUAAUUUCAACAGCUGUAUUUUAAAACUUAUAUGUGUACAAUUUCCAUUAUAUGUGUAUGAUUUCCUGUAUGGACUUACGGGUACGUGAAAAUUUAUCACGCCCAAUGUGGAUAUAAAUAAUGUGGCGCAUUAAUAGGGCAGAGAAAUAAUAGUAUCUGUAUGAACGUACAGACGGUACAAUAACAAUAUGUGUAUGAGGCGAAUGGAUUAAAGAAACGAAACUAAUAAACAGUUUUAAGGAAGAUGCAGAGUUAAGAACGUGUAUUCGGUCACUGUACCAAAACAGAUAAAAUAAGCCAGUUCUUUUAAUGAAUUCAACGUUAUUCGCAGGUAUUAUCGGCAAACAUGUUUCAUUUUACACAAUUUUAGCCAAGUAGUUGCCUAUGGAAGUAACUUGAGUUAUUAAUGGUCAAAUGGCCGCGCUUCCACAACAAAGGCAAGCACAUGUAGACUAUAGCGUGUAGAUAUGUGCUCUAGAGAUUUUAAGACAAAAACAUCAAGGUGACGUAGAUAAUGCGGGAUAAGUUGGUAACAUCAUAGUAAGUGGUACGUUAAACAAUGGAUGGAUUAAAUAGAUCCGUAUGUCUUAAUAAAGUUGGUGUAUUUUCUCUCUGAUAAAUUUAAACGCCACUUCUCAAACUCACUGUUCUGAAUCACAGAAGACGAUAAAUACGGAUACAUUUAUUAACAAUGAUUAAUUACGUAUCUAUAGGAGAAUGCGAGUAUUGAAGUUUCAUUACUUUUCUUAGAAGUAGUGCUGCGCAGUUCAUUAAAUUUUAAAUAUAGUACAAUAAAUAUUAAGUGCAAAAUGAAUAUACUGUACUAUGGUGCUCAACAUAAAAAAACUCAGUGUGAGUUAAGCGUAAUACAACUUGAAAUAUUCCCAAUUUUCAAGGGUUGAAACCUUUUGGCGGCAAUACCAUGCAACGAGGCUGUGGCAUUGGGGUUUUAGUUUUCAAUAGACAGGAUUAUACUUAAAUGCGGGAAAGAAAAAUGCACCUGCAGGAACGGUAAAAGUAAGUUUAAAUGGAGGCAGCAUUGAAAAAUAUUUCAAUUAAUAGCUCGACGAUUACUGGAAUAUAAGUACGAUUAUGCUGCUACAACAUUGAUGAUUCGAGUGCCCGUACGCGUUUAUGUACAAGCCACGCGCUAUUCAGAAUUCAUUAUUAUCAUUGACUAGUGCUUGAUUAUGUAUGCUUUUAUUUUAUCGAGCGUAGUUUAUUUACUUAAUACGUAACCUAUGCAGUCAAGGCUCUGAGCCAUUAAAGCACAAAGGCUAAACAUCAGUUUUCAGCAAAGAGUAAUUACCUAGAUAGAUAUACCACAUAAGAUGUCCUUAUGACGUCUGCAAUUCUAUUUGCAUUAACUGUCACAGUCAGAAACGAAUGAAUUAA